AUGGUGUCGACAACAGCCACUCGUCCUGUCACUCUACUGGUGCGCUUCAUGCAAUGGUCUAGCGCGGUCAUUGUCAUGGGCAUUACCUCCUACUUCAUCCACAAUUUUCCCAAGGGACAACACACCAUCUACUGGGAAGUUAUCUCGACGAUGUCCGUUGCCUUCUUCCUGCCCGCCUUCGUUUCCCCCUUCAUGCCGAAUCGCCUGAGCAUGAUCGUCUUGCCUAUUGACAUCAUUUUCUCCUAUCUGUGGUUGACCGCGUUCAUCUUCGCUGCGCAAGAUUACAACUGGCACAACUGCGCCGUCAAUGCUCCCCCCGGCGCUAACUGCUCAAUCAAGAAGGCGAAUGAGUCGUUCAUUUUCCUCACCUUUAUCUUCACCUUCUUCGCUAUUGGUCUCGAAGUGAUGAACCUCUGGGCCGCGCGUAGGGAGACUACCCCCCACCACGAGAAGCAUCCUGACGGUCAGCGUGCUCCUCUCGAUGCUCCUGCUGCCGCCAACCCAUAA